AUGGCGAGAACCCAAGCAAGACAGCAAGACCCGGCCGAGGUCUCUGAGCUAUGCCAACGCCUGGAAACUGCCUUGCGGGCUCCGAAAUCCAAAGGAAAACAAUUUACCUGCAAAAAAUCCACAUUCAAGGUCUCCGGCACAAAUGACAAGUACGUCGAUUCCUGGAAGUUCCAGGACUACGAUUACAAGCGCUCUGGAUUACCCACAUAUGCGCGAGGUCUUUUCACCACCAAACGGAAGGACGGCACUCCCGAGAUUGCGACCCGAGGAUACGAUAAGUUCUUCAAUAUCGAUGAAGUGAACGAGACCCGGUGGCGGAACAUUGAGAACAACACGCGCGGGCCUUAUGAGCUUAGCGUGAAAGAAAAUGGGUGCAUUAUCUUUAUUUCCGGAUUGGAGGAUGACACUCUGCUUGUGUGCAGCAAGCAUUCCACUGGCAACAGAUCUGAUAUUGAGAUCAGCCACGCAUCGGCGGGUGAGAAAUGGGUUCAACGACACGUUGCGACAGUAAACCGAACCACCAAGGACCUGGCGCGAGUGCUUCGGGAGAACAACUUGACUGCCGUGGGUGAGCUAUGCGAUGACAGUUUCGAGGAACACGUCCUUGCCUACGAUGAGGCUGCUGCUGGAAUUUACUUGCAUGGUCUCAACUUCAACGUCCCAGAGUUCGCCACAAUGCCCGCAGAGGAUGUACACCGCUUCGCCGAUGAAUGGGGAUUCAAGAAAGCGAAGUUCGAAGUCUAUCGGGAUAUUUAUGCGGUGAGGCAGUUUCUAGAGAGCUGCGCUGAAACCGGUACAUGGGACGGUCGAGAGACUGAGGGUUUUGUGGUGCGAUGCCAGAUGCGCGCAAAUGAGAACAUGCCAUACCAAGACUGGUUCUUCAAAUACAAAUUCGAGGAGCCGUAUCUCAUGUACCGCGAGUGGCGCGAGUGCACAAAAGCGGUGAUUGCAGGUAAAAUGCCUCGAAUCAAAAAGCACCAGAAGAUCACAGAAGAAUACAUUCAGUUUGCGCGCCGAAAGUUCGUCGCUAAUCCGUCUCUCAUGCGAGCUUACAACCUGAAUCACGGAAUUAUCUCCCUGCGGGAAGAGUUUCUCCAAUCCCGAGGAAUGAACGGACCUGAAAUCAUCGCCAAGGAGGCAGAGGAAGGGCGUGAGAACGCGAAAGAGAUAGUCCUCGUUCCUGUUGCAACCUUGGGAUGUGGAAAGACAACGGUGGCCCUGGCCUUGGCUCAUCUCUUUGGAUGGGGCCACGUUCAGAAUGACAAUAUUCCCAAGCAAAAGGACAAGCCAAAGAAAUUUGCAUUCGAAAUAUCCAGGCUAUUGACCGAAAAACAAGUGGUGAUCGCUGAUCGAAACAACCAUCAACGUCGAGAGCGGCAGCAGCUGAUGGACGACGUCCUCCCUGUUUUCCCGGGCACAAAAUUCAUUGCCCUCCACUAUGUCCACGAGCCUAAAACCCAUCUGCUUCCUCAAAUCAGAGAGGUUACCCAAAAGCGUGUCAUAGACCGGGGUGACAACCACCAGACGAUUCGCGCUGGCUUGAAGGAUGACCGCGAGAUUAUGGGCAUCAUGGAGGGGUUUCUCAACCGUUUCGAAGGCGUUGACACCUCGCGGAAGCCCGAUGAAGGCUUCAGCAGCGUUAUCGACCUGGACGUCUGCGCAUCUUCGCGAGAGAACCUCGAAAACGUUGUCGCAGCACUCCACUCGCAAUACCCAGAAGUAGUUCCCAACAUGCCCUCUCCCGACGACCUGGAUGUCGCUAUCGACGCCGCAAUGAACAACUACCGAGUCGACAUCGACCUAAGCUACAGCUACUCACAAGGCAACAAUAAAAAGGAGCAAAAGGGCGAUGCUGCCAAACCCCGUACUGAAAAACAAAACAAGAAAGUAAAAGAGCGCACCCCGGAGUUCCUCGCUUCGAAGAUCGAAUUCUUCGGUAUCUUUGUCCAUGCAUCGGAGAUAAAACUAACCCUGAAUGCCCUCUUUGACUCCUCUGUUUCGCCUGAAAAAUCCCGCCUCUACAACCAACUCAUCGGCUCCCGCCGCAUUCAGCCUUCAUUUCAUGUCACCCUGAUCCACCGCGCAUCCCAGGCCGAUCAGGCCAAUAUCUGGUCGCACUACAAGGACCAGUAUAUCAAGGCGCUAGGUAAUACACCCGGUGCUAAUGAGGCCGCUGCCACCUCCCCUCCUACUCUGGGCUAUGCGCGCGUCCGGCUCGAGCGUCUCGUCUGGGACAGCAGAAUCAUGGCUUUCGUGGUUCGCAUUCUGCCUGCAAAUGAGAACGAGCCUGACGACGGGCUUCCAUGUGCGAAUCCUAUCCCCCAUAUCACUAUUGGAACGAUCUCGCCAGAUGUGAAGCCCAAGGAAAGUAACGAUCUGUUGCAGCGCUGGGCGCGGGACGGCUCUGGUGAGCAUACGGGGAUCUUUGAAGCAGAGGUACCCGCCGUGAAGGUCAUUACCGGGUCUGUCGGAGAGGUAAUGUCGAAGGGGAACUGGUGA